AUGGCAUACCAUCGCACCAUAAGCAGGACAAUUAAAACGUUGACCGAACACCGCCAGUCCCUUCAGAGGUUUUUCACCAGCCGAUCCUACGUCCUCUGGCCGGCAGCGGUCUAUCGUACACAGCCAGGAGCUACCUUUGAGGGACCUCUCGUACUUGAUUGGGCUUUGGUUGAGAUCCCUGAGCCUCGUGCCGGAAGCAGCAACAUGCCCUAUCGGUACUCAGAUAAGAAGCAGGACGUUGAGUUGUCAUUCACCAGCAUAGGCGACCCAUCCCAGCUCAGUGGAUACGCAAAGGCUGGGCGAUCAACAGGAUCCAUGGUCUGGGACUGUGGCUGGGCUACUGUUCGCGGUAUCUGA